UGCUGCUAAAUGGUGCAAAGAUGGAAGUGUUUCUUUAUAAUUCUACAGUUUGUAGAUUAUGUGGUGAAGAAAAUGAUAACGGAACUUUAUUAUAUUCUAGCGAAGAAAAUAAUCAAAACUUAAGUGAAAUCAUAAACUCCUAUUUACCUUUAAAGGUAUCAGAUGAUGGUGAACUUCCUAGGACUAUUUGUCCUGGCUGCACUAUUCAGCUGGAAGCCUCAGUUGAAUUUUUAAACUUAAUCAUUAAUGGACAGAAAAUAAUAAGAGAAUUAUAUCAACGAGAAAGGGAAUAUAAGAAAAAUAUUUUAAACACAUCAAGUACGGACACACCAGAUAUUAUAUCUGAAAAAAUCAUUUAUGAAAUUAACACUAGUGAUGGAGUAUACCAGGUCGAACAUCCUAUUUCCCUGCAAGUGGCCGGACUUGAAAAACCAAAACGAAAACGAGGUAGACCGCCUAAGAAACCUAAGAGUCCCGAAGAAAUUGCACAAGAAGCAGCAGUCAAAGAACAGCAAGAAGUUAGCAGCAAGACUGAUGAAAAAGAGGAGGAGGAACCAUCUGGUAAGAGGAGAAGAAAGGCACCAACUAGGUUUAAGGAAGCUGUUCAGGGUAAAGAACUGGAAAGAAUAUUCAUAGAGGUUGGGGUGAUAGAAGGGGAAGAGGCCGAGAAGAAACCUAAAGCUGACACUGUUCCUAAAGAACCAGAGGUUAUUGGACAUUUAGAAGAUUCUGGAGAGCUUGUCGUCGUUGUUAAGGGCAAAGGAAGAGGGAGGCCCAAAGGUCGCACGCGGCAGACGCGCGAGCAGUGCGCGGUGUGCGGCGCGCAGUUCUCGUCGCGCGGGCGCUACAUGUCGCACGUGGCGGCGCACGGACACGCGCUGCAGCAGCGCCGCCACACGGAGCCCGAAAACACCGACCCGGUAAAUGAAACAGAAAUAACUGCAGAAAACGCCGAGGCGGCUCCAGUUAACAAACCGGAGGAUGACGUACAGAGUGAACCGGUUCCGCAAGCCCUGCCCGACUUGACGGAUGCGAGCGAAUAUAAGGAUAAAGCUGGGGAGAGUACAGAUCCUCUUAAAGUUGAAGAAGAAGUAGAUGUUGUCGGAGAAGAUCCAAAUGAUAAAAAUAGUGAAACUGUUAGUGAAGCUUCUGAGGAUGAAAUCGAAGUACAAACCGAAAAAGGAAAAGUUAAAUUAAAAUGCAAUCACUGUGAUAAACUGUUCAGCAAUAGGCAGAGCAAGUCAUUACAUAUCAAGGCGGUGCACUUCGGCGUGAAGUCGUACGCGUGCACGGAGUGCGACGCGAGCUUUGCGUACCCGCAGUCGCUCGCCGUGCACCGCGUGUCGCACCGCCGCUUCCGGCCCACCGGCGGGUACGCCUGCGACCUCUGCGGGAAGGUGCUGAACCACCCGUCGUCGGUCGUGUACCACAAGCAGGCGGAGCACGCGGCGCAGCGCUACGUGUGCGGCACCUGCGGGAAGCACUUCCGGCACAAGCAACUGUUGCAGCGGCACCAACUCGUGCACUCGCAGCUCAGGCCAUUUACCUGCAAGACCUGUAACGCGACGUUCAAGACCAAAGCGAACUUGCUCAAUCACCAACUCCUACAUUCCGGAAUCAAAAAGUUUUCGUGCGAUAUAUGUAAGCAGAAAUUCGCGCAUAAGACAAGUCUCACGCUACACAUGAGAUGGCACACCGGAGUGAAACCGUUCUCGUGUGCGGUGUGCGGGAAGAGCUUCAGCCAGAAGGGCAACCUGUCGGAGCACGAACGCAUCCACACGGGAGAGAAGCCGUACCAGUGCGCGCUGUGCCCGCGCCGCUUCACCACGUCGUCGCAGCACCGCCUGCACGCGCGCCGACACUCGCGCCGCGCCGCGCACGACCGGUACGUAACACGACACACGCCGUACCAGUGCGCGCAGCACCGCCUGCACGCGCGCCGACACUCGCGCCGCGCCGCGCACGACCGGACUACGAUUGUACGACGGGACGAUGCCGGCGUCCGGCGCAGGCGUCUUCUUGCGAGAAGCAAGCAGAACCCGAAGCAAAUAAGUCUACUCGUGAACGACAAGAUCCAGCCCGAACCGCAGGUACAACUGCAGCAGACCCAGCAUCAGGAGCUGCAGAAGCUGGAGGUGCACGAGGAGACAGAGACGGAGGAGAGAGUCAUAUAUGUUGCUUAUGAUGCAGACGACUCCAACGCAACCGCCUUUCACAUACUGGAUCCGGAACAGGCUGUCAACAUAGAAGAGCACAAGGUGCUAACAACCUGUGAACUAUAUUCCGGUUCCUCACUCCUGGUACCGCAACAGCUCGAACAGCUGAAGGUGGAAAUGGAGCCCGAGCAGCUAGAAUUGGAGCACGAAGAGAUGGAGCUAGAUCACGAGGAGCUGCAGAUGGAGCUGGAGCAAGAGGAAAUGGUGGAGCAGAUAGAAAUGGCGAGGGAACAUCUCAUGCUUGAAGAGAAAAAUAUACCUGUAAAUGUGACGGACGAAGAAGGUAACCCGCUGCACUUCACAAUGCAAGACGGCACGAAACUCGCCAUCACAUCCAUCGACGGGAAAUCUUUGCAGGUUAUAACACAAGACGGACAAACUAUUCCAGUUGAGAUUAACGGGAUCAACGAAGAAGAGGAGGCGAUGAGUCCGGACACCGUCGUGCAUCAUCUCAACAUACAGAAAGUCGAAGCCAACUCAUCACCCGUCACGCACUAUUACACUAUUGUUUAGAUACAUAUUUGCGUCCAAUCACUUAAAUAUAAUUUGCUUUAACCGUAAACGUACGUUACCUUCAUAUUGAAUAGCCAUUUUCUAAUGUAGAAAAAGGAUGCAUCGAUAUUUUUUUAAACGAUGAUCUAAGUUUAAACUAUUUAAGACCAACCAUAGUUAGGUAUAAGAGUUUUUCAAAUUUUCAAUACAUAUGGUGUAAGUAGUUAUAUUUAAUGACAUUAACAGUGAGAUAUUAUAUUAUAUUUUUAUUAAUCUUGCUUAAAGUAUUACUGUAAGCAAGAUUUACAAGCGGUCUCUGGUUAUAGAAAAUUUAGCAAAUAAGCUGGUAUUCAACCAAAUGUAAUGUUAAUAAUCAUCAAAAACUACACUACACUCGAAAAUAACAUGUAAUUAUCAUUUUAUUAUUAAAACAUACCAUAGCUAGGAUAUUGUUUCCAAUGCAAAAAAAAAAGCUAGUUAAAGCUAGUAAAGCUGUCUAACAAAUUGACUAAAAUUCAGCUAAUUAAAUAUGUUCAGAACGCUUUUAUACGGAGAAAUGUUUCUGUUGCUCGAUCAAUAUUAAAUGUUUGAUUAGCUACUCAGAAACCGAUAAUUAUUCUUCUAUUAAUUAAUGUAUCUUGUGUUUAAUGAGUGGUUCUUUGUAACACAGCACCAGGCUGGGCCUCUGGUUAAAUUGCUCAAAUGAAUGCCAACCAAGUAGAUUUGAUUUAGUAUAGUAGGGGUAAAACUGAUUGUGUAACUGUCUUGUAGACCACUCCUGAUUAUUAUUUCCAAAAAAUUAUUAUUUUUUUGUGUUUUAAUCGUAAGAGUAAAGUAUUAUUGAUUUAUUAAGUAUUGUUACAAUUAAACGCCCUUUAUAUAAUUUAUAAGACACCGCGGUUGUAACAGUAUUAUACUUUUAAUAAACAACAUUUCGGGAUAUUGCAAUGCGUGAAUGAGAAAGUCCCUUUAAUUUCUCGUAGAUUUUUUUUAUGAAUAACUUGUAAAUUAAUUGUUUUUACAUUCCUUGUUAGUGUCAAGUUACAAAUUGCAUUUUUAAUAUUUUAAAAUGAAACAUUUAAAUUUUAAUUAAUACAAUAAAAAAUGGUGUUUUGAAUGAAUGUUAUUGAUAUUAUUUAAAUAAUUUCGCCGUCUCGAAAUUUAAUUUAAUCCCAAUGAAUAAUGUAUCGUUUAAUCCCGAUAAAUAUUUAUAAAUAUACUAAGUGUAAUGUGAAUGUGAUUACCGAUAAUAGGAAUA